AGGGGGAAAGUCACAUAAACCAUUACUUUGUGGUUACAUCAAUUGUAUUCAUUUUUAUUACCAUAAUUAUUGUUAUAUCCCAUUAUUAUUUUUUUUACGCGUCCAAAUUGAAUCCUUUGUCUUUCUUGCUAUAAUGACGCCAGUAACAGAUCAAACAUCUUCAAACACAUUUGUUCUGACAACUUCAAGACAAGAUUAUACCCCUCCAACAACUCCUCCUUCACCUUCUCGCUCUACUGAGAAGUUUCAAACUCCAACAAAAUCAUCCACAAAUGAAGAAGAUCUUCAUAGCAAUGAUACUCCAAAAGUUGACUUAACAACUACUGCCACUAAUGAAACAGAAGAUUCUACUAAUAAUUCCACUGCUGCGGAAGCUGAACAUCGUGAAAUCGCAUCUAAAUUGUUUAAAGAAGAAUUUGUUUCAAUUCAACCUGAAGAAUAUACCCAAUUUUUGGCAGCAAAUGAUGCUGAAUCAACUAGUAUUAGAGAAUAUUAUAUGGAUUUAUUUGAUUGGAAUGCUAAUCUUCUUAAAUCUACUAGAAUGCUUUGUUCUAAAUUAUAUCUCAAAGGUGAGUCUCAAGAAAUAGAUCGUAUUCUCUCAUCGUUUACAAAAUCUUAUAUCAAGCAACAUCCAACAAACGUCUUUUGUACAAGGAAUUUUGAAAAGAUUUAUAUUGUGUUGUACAGUUUAAUUUUGUUGAAUACAGCUUUACAUAAUUCUGAAUUGAAUAAGAAAUCAAAGAUUUCUCAAGCAGAUUAUAUUAAAAAUACCUUUAAUACUUUUAUUCAACAAAAUCCAAAAAGUCUGAAGAAACUUACAAUUAAGCAAAGAAUUACCAUUGAAAGAGUUUUAAGUACUUAUUAUGAAGAUUUGUCCAAGAAUGAAUUACAUUUGAAACAAUCCGAUGAACCUACAACUACUGACCACCUUCAUCUGCCUAAACAAAAGGAAAAACGUAAGAAUCGUGUUUCUAUUGUUGAAUCAGUUAGUUCAUUUGUUACAUCUAACCAUCAAAAUUCAUCUUCUGCUACAGCUUCCACCACUAAUACUAGCAAUACGCAUGCCUCUAAUCAUCACAAUCAUUCGCACCGUUCUGCUUCUAAUUCAACUUCAACCAGUGGUGUUAGCAAUAACAAUGGCAAUGGUGCCACCAGUGCAUCUGCAUCCCAUCCAUUACCCCCAUUACCUCAUGAUCAUACCAAUGAAUUUCCGACCUUAUCAAGACAAAUAUCUGGAUCCUCUAUUUGGUCGACCGAUACUAACGGCAAUCGUAGACAAUCAUUACUGAUGAAAAGAAUGUCAACCACCUCCUCUGCAGUUUCUCUGUACACUGCUGCUAAUACUAGUUCAUCUACUCUUGGGUCAACCAGAACUGCUAGAGUUGGAUUUACAAGAGCUUUACUUUCUGAUCAAAAUAAUCAGAAAUAUUAUCAAAAUGCAGAUGCAAGAUUAGGUAACAUUCCUUAUACCGUUAGAAAUCGUAAUUCAUUAAAUCAAUUGAGAGGUGCACCUCAACAACCAGUUUCAAAUACCCUUAAUAAGAGAAGUUCAAGAGCUUCUAUAAUAUCCAAAGAAUCUGGUACUUCAUUGAAUGGUGAUGAUACUCUUUCUGUAUUAUCCUUGGAUACAUUUAAAAUUCAUGAUAUGGAUUUUGAUGAAGAUCAUCAUCGUCAACACUUAGAUGAUUUUAAUGUUGAUGAUUAUCAAGAUCAAUAUGAUUUAACUUUGGAAUUACAAGGUUCACCAUAUUUGAAAGAAGGUUUAUUAAGAUUGAAGAUUUUACAUAAUGAUCAACUUGAUAAUUCAACUACUAAUUCCACCGAAAUUAGUCAACCCAAUGUUCCUGAACAUCAAACUGCCACUGGUAGAUUUUUUUCAUUCUUUUCUAAAUCUCAUAAUACAUCAAAAGAAUCCACUUCAGCUGGUUCAACUACAGCUGGUACAUCAAAUUCUCAUGUUACUAGUAGAUUUGUUGAAAAUUUUGUUGUUGUUUCCAAGGGUGAAAUGCUGUUGUAUUCAUUUGAUCCAAAAGUGAUUAAGAAACAUCAACACAAGUUGAAAAAGAUGCAUCAAGAAAUUGAAGAAGAUGAUGAUGACAAUAUUGGAGAUGGUAAUUGGUUGAAAAAUGCUGCAAAUAUUGGUAAUUAUAAUCUUUGUUCAACAUUUGCUCAAUUAGAAAAGCAAAAUUCUUCAACUGCAAAGAAAGUAUUAUGGUCAUUAACAUUUCCAAAAAUUUCUAAAAAAUUACCAAAGAAAUUUAUUUUUGAAGCAGGUACUACAGAAAUUGCAUUGGAAUUUAUUAAUACAUGUAAUUUCUGGGCAUCUAAAAUUACUGCUAUUCCAACUAUGGAAGAAAGUGUUUCAUCCAUUGAAUAUGGUUGGAAUAAUUUAGAUGAAUUAAUUAAUCAUAAAGAUAAUUUCAAAAAGAUGAAAAAUAUUCAAAAAUGGGAACAAUUACCUCAAGGAACAUUUUUAAGUAAUUACAUGGUUGUGAACAAUGAAAUGAAUAGUUCUCAAGAUAAUCAUUUAGGAAUGAUGAAACAAUUUGUUCGUACUUUAAAUUAUUAUAAUAAUUUAAAGAAGACAUACAAAGAUUUUAAUAUUUUAAGAAAUGAAUUUACCAAAAAUUUUAAUGUUAAGGGAAUUGCAAAUUCUUCAAAUUACCAUAGAGUAUUGGGUAAUUAUGAUAUUAAGAAUGAACAUUACAAGUUUGAAUUAAAUAAGUACAAGAAUUAUUUAAUUGUAUUGGGAUUUGGAUUACAACUAAGAUUUGAUAUGGAAGAACAAGAUAAGGAGACCAAUCUUAGUGGAGAUGGAGAGGAUUCUGAAGGUAAUAAAGUAAAUGAACUGCCAAAGGAAUCUGACUUAUCUUUACUUGUUAAAUCUGAAAUUGGCAAAUUAUUUAUUAAUAUGAAAGAUAUUGGUAAAAUUAUUCCAACAUUUCAAUCAAGUCGUUCAUUGAAUAAUUUAAGUGAAAUUAGAAGGGGCAAUGCUGAAGAUCCAAACUCUCAAUUUCCAUUGGUUAAAUCUCCAAAGACAUUUACAUUAUCCAAUUAUAAGGAUGAUGAAAGUCCAAUAACUCAAUUGAUUCAGAGUAGUAAUCAAGCUGAAGCAGCCGAAAAGGAAGUUGUUCACAGCCAUAGUACCAAUACCAUCAGAGAAGAAGAAGAACCGGAUUCUGAUUCUGGAAUUGGUGAAAUACCAGAUGCCUCUCUUUCGGCAAUUUCGUUAACUGGGUCAAUUAAAUCCGUUAACCCUACUACUUUAAACGUUGCUAAAGCUCAUAUAGUCAAGGUUACCUAAAGUAAAUAGUAUAGU